CUUCAAUGCAAGUUGAGCGCUCGUCCGCGGCACAUCCGGAUGAAACUUCCUCGGAACGGUUGCUCACACGUUUUUUCUCGAAAAGAUAAAAAAAAGUGAUAAAAAAAACCGAGAGGUCGAAUUGAUAGUUUCUUCGCGAAAAAAAAAGAAAAAUUUUAAUCGCAUUUCGAUCAACGCGAAAAAUCGUUUGAGGUAUAAUAAUCGCGGUGUUCGAUCGAUGAGGCAAGAUGGCACAUUACGUCGAUCUCGCUGCGUCCUUUAUUAUCCUUCUCCUGAUGGUCCACCUGGAGCAGCUGGUCCUGCACAAACGAGCGCUUGCCGUCGAGGGAAGAAUGGAGGCUCAGUUCGAGAAAUGCUGCGGCUAUGGCACCUCUUGGGCUCGGGAAGGUCUUAGGUGCGAGAAGUUCAUCGGACCCGUGACCGGAGUGCCGAGGGUGGAGCAGAGCCUCUGCCUGGAGGCUGUGGACAUCUGCUGCGUUCGGGCUUACCACGAGCUGCAAUGCGAAAAGGGAAAAGCCGACGCUCGUCAAGGUCUGGCUUGCGUGACGAGCGCGACGUCGCAAAGGUCGCUGAAGACGCCCGGCCGCGGCGAUUACCAUCGCGACUGUUGCGAGGGCUGCAAGCUAGGUAUUCUCGCGGGGUCUAUGGGUCAAGGAUGCUCCUUUAAAAGCUUCUCGUUUGGCAUUCCUUGGGAUCCCGCGUUCUUGGAAUGCUGUCACGAAGUGGCGCCGAGCUCCACGACGGAUCUUACGAGUGAAUUGUCGAGCGAAAGCUCGACCGAAACCGAUCUAGAUUUCUCGUCAUCGUCCUCGCCAACGUCCUCGUAUUCCCCGUCCUCGUCGCCGUCGUCAACGCUAUCCCCAUCAUCAUCGUCCUCGUUAUCGCCGUCGCCGUCAUCGCCGUCUUCUUCAUCUCCAUCUUUGUCUACAUCGUCGGAUGAUCCGUCCUCUACGUCGUCGGAUGAUCCGUCCUCUACGUCGUCGGAUGAUCCGUCCUUUACGUCGUCGAAUAAUCCGUCCUCUACAUCGUCAAGUGAUCCGUCCUCUACAUCGCCGGAAUCCACGUCAUAUUCGGUACCAACUCCAGAGCUGGACGAUAUCUGUCAACUCAUGAAAGGCUUGCUCUGCUCUGACAUUUGCGUACCGACACCGGGCUCGUAUCGCUGCGAAUGCCGCGCCGGCUUUACUUUGUUGGAGGACGGAAAGACUUGCAAGCAGGAUCAACCGAUCGACAGAUGCAAGCCGACUCAUCCUUGCCAGCAUCGCUGCACCGACAACGGGGUGGCCGUCGUAUGCAGCUGUAAUCCAGGAUACGACUUGGCCAAAGACGCACGUUCGUGCAUCGCGAGGUCAUCGAGGACUAAAAAAAUGCCGGACAAAGACAAGGAUAACGAAUCGUUGCCGUUGUGUCCGUCGGGCUAUCGUUAUAACGCCACCAAUCAGGUGUGCGACGACGUGGACGAGUGUCUGGAGCGCAACGUGUGUCCCGGCGGAGGAUGUCAGAACACCAUAGGAUCAUAUAUUUGCAUCAGAGAGAAGUCCGCAAAGAAUGCACCCUACGAAGCUUGCCCUCCAGGCUACGAAUGGCAGUCACUGAAAGGUGUAUGCGCAGAUAUCGACGAGUGUGCCGUUUUAUCGUCUGCCUGUGCCGCUGAUAAACCGUUCUGCGUGAACACGCUGGGUAGUUACGCGUGUCUGGAAAUGACUGGGGCGAAAUCCUGCCCCGCGGGCUUCAAGUUCGACAAAUCGUUGCAGUUGUGCAAAGACGUGGACGAGUGCGCGGAAGCUAUACACAGCUGUCUGGCAGAUGUCGAGCAAUGUCGAAACACCGAGGGUGCUUACGAGUGCGAUAUGAAAUGCGGGAAAGGAUUCACGUAUAGUAUCGGCCUGGGUGUCUGCAUCGACGUAGACGAGUGCAUCGAGUCGAGCACGCCUUGUCCCGAUCCCAGCACGAUAUGCAUUAAUACGGAGGGUGCGUACGAGUGUACAAAGACAUCGCGUAGUCCUUUUCCGCUUUCUCCAAUCGACAAGGAUCCGUCCGAUCAAAAGAAUGUGCGAUCAGAUCUACGGAUGACUUGUUCCGCGGGAUACAAACCCUCUAACGAUUCCGGGAUAACAAGGUGCAUCGACGUCGACGAGUGCAAUGAACAACUGCAUUCCUGCGAGCUCGACGAGCGUUGUGUUAAUGAAAUCGGUAGUUAUAGAUGCGUACCGGAAAACAACAAGAACGCGUCUACCACGCAGCAGACCAACCACGAUCAACGCGAUGAUCGAUUUAGCAGAGGAUAUGAACUAGAGCGAACGAGCAUUUCGUCGGUCAUGAACGAAGUCGAAGAUUGCGACGACGGUUAUCUUUUCGAUGGGAAAUCUGGCCGCUGCAUCGAUGUCGACGAAUGUGCCAAAGGAAUAGCCACUUGCAGCUUAGGAGAGCGUUGCGUAAACACGGAGGGCGGUUAUCGAUGUUCUCCAACAUGUCCACCCGGUUUCCGGCUGCGUAACACGUCUCGAUCAGCGAACAAGGCCGAAGAACCUUGCGAAGAUAUCAACGAAUGCUUGCUCGGUUUGCAUACCUGCGACAGUCUAACUCAUUAUUGUAUUAAUACGAAUGGCUCUUACGUUUGCGGAACGCGAACUACGUCUACUACCACCAGCAUCUUCGAGACGACGCGUAGCAGCGCGACAACAAGAAGACCGUUCGUUCGUUCGCGCUACAACAGAGUACAGAACACGGAUCGUUACUGGUCCACCGAACCCUGCAGACUGGGAUACAAGAGAGACGCGAGUACGGGCUAUUGCGUGGACAUAGACGAGUGCGCGGUCGGUCCCGGAUGUCGAGAUCACGAGAGAUGCGCGAAUACGCCAGGAGGUUACGAUUGUUCGCCCCUUUGCAGCACUGGGUGGUACUUUAGCACAACGACGAAGGGCUGUCAGGACGUGGACGAGUGUUUGUUAGGCAGGCACGAUUGUCCUCAGAGUACGCAUAGAUGCGUCAACACCAACGGAUCUUUUGUUUGCGAGUUGAUAACGCCCUGCAGCCGCGGUUACAGACGUGCCUUCAACGGCACCUGCCUGGACAUCGACGAGUGCUCCGAGGGCCUACACAACUGUCGGCUCAACUUGCAUCAGUACUGCGUGAAUAAAGAAGGUGGCUUCGAGUGUUUGACCAGACUGCCCUCCUGUCCGUCCGGAUACCAGUAUUCCUUGGGCACUCAACGAUGCGAGGACAUCGAUGAGUGCCGAACCGGGCAGUACAGCUGUGACGCGAAAUUCUCCGAAAGAUGCGUCAACCUGCCGGGUACAUACAGGUGUGAGAGACCUGCUCCUCCUCGUCAACGCCAACGACCAGCUUGUCCUUCUGGCUAUCGGUAUCAUCCUAAUUUACGCAGAUGUACAGACAUUGACGAGUGUGCGGAAAGAUUGGACACAUGCGGUGACGAACUCUGCUACAACCAACCGGGUGGUUAUAGCUGUGCGAAACCGCCCGUCCCGGUAACCAGAAAACCACCCACGACAGCGAUGCCGGCACCGAUGAACCAAAAGUGUAUGCGCGGGACCAAGUUCGUGAGGAAUCGCGGCUGCGUCGACGUCAACGAAUGCAGAGAGCUUGAGGAUGCUUGCAGCAGCAACGAGGAGUGCGUCAAUACCGUAGGCAGCUAUACGUGCACCUGCAAGACCGGUUUCAGGCGUGAUAAUCUCACGCAGGCCUGCGUCGAUAUCAACGAAUGUCAGUUGCAGGAGAACGACUGCUUGCCGACGCAGCGAUGCGACAACACGAUCGGCAGCUACACGUGUACACGUUUCUUACCAUGUGGUACCGGAUACACUCUCAAUGCCGCGACGGAGAUCUGCGAGGACGACGACGAGUGCAUUCUGGGCACUCACGACUGCGGGUCCGGGUACCAAUGCAGGAAUACCCUGGGCUCGUACCGCUGCGAUCGCAUCCCGCGUAUACCGACUCCGCAGCCGCGCACAUCGCCAAUGACAACAACGACGAUGAGGAUCGCGACGAUCACGACGACGACGCCGACGUCGAUGACCCCGACCGGUCCUCGGCCAACGUGCCCGCGCGGCUUCGAGCCCGGCUCUACUAGCGGCAAAUGCGUGGACAUAGAUGAGUGCCAGAGAACGCCGAAUCCCUGCGCCAGGUCUAUGUGCAUCAACACUCUAGGAUCCUAUAGGUGCGGGUCCAGGGUGAUCUGUGGGCCCGGUUAUACUUUGGACCCUGCGUCCGGACAAUACUGCAUCGACGUAGACGAAUGUCAGGAGGGAACGCACGAGUGUGGCAAGGGCCAGACCUGCGAGAAUCGGCAAGGCGGAUAUCAUUGCAUCUGCCCGCCUGGUCACGCGGCCGGGCCUAACAACGACUGCGUUGACAUCGACGAGUGUAGCAUCUAUAGUGGCAACAUCUGCGGACUGAACAGCCGCUGCGAGAACACUAUUGGUUCCUACAAGUGCCUGUGCGCGGAAGGCUUCGAAAACGUUGGAGGAUCCGCCGGGGUCUGCCAAGAUGUCGACGAGUGCCAGCAAACGCCGGGACUCUGUCAGCAGGUGUGCCUGAACGUGUGGGGUAGUUACAGAUGCGGAUGCGAAGCGGGAUUCAGGCUAAAUGCCGACAACAGAUCUUGCAGCGACAUUGACGAAUGUACGGAAUUCAAGGACAAUCAUCUCUGCAUCGGCAUCUGCGAGAAUACGCCGGGAAGCUACGCGUGCAAAUGUCCCGAAGGAUACAGGCUCGGUGUCGAUGGUCGAACGUGUCAAGACAUCGACGAGUGCGCGGCCGGUCAGGUCUGCAGAGAGCCGGACGAGAUGUGCCAGAACACGCGCGGGAGUUUCCGUUGUAACCGGAUAAACUGUCCCUCGGGGUAUCAGCCGGACCCCAUGAGAAAAAAUCGCUGCGUACGCUCCUCGAGGUACUGCCGCGUAGACGACCUGGCUUGCCUUCGGUCGCCCUCGCAUUUCUCCUACAACUACAUCACUUUCGUGAGCAUGCUGCCCAUCCCGUCCACCGGUCAGCUGGAGCUGUUCACUAUGAGGGGAAGCCAUCAGCCCGAGUCGACGGUACAGUUCACCAUGGCGUUGGUGGAUGUGCGCGCCCCACCGGGUGUCGCGCGCGCCACGGAGUCCUGUUUCGCUCUGAGAAGACCGGCGCCGUCACAGGCGGUCCUGGUGCUGACGCGCGCGAUUCCGGGACCGCAGGAGAUCGAGCUGGAUCUCAGCAUGGAGAUCUACCACGACGCCAUGUUCGUCGGGAGCGCUGUCGCUAAGAUCUUCAUUUUUGUUUCGCAAUACGAAUUCUGAGAAGAUCCUUCGAGCGGAGGGAAGACGGAGAUGAGUGGAGACGGAAGUCAAGAUCGUAGAGUGACGUAAUUUAGAGGUACGCUAAAUUACCCGAUUUACGUAAUCGUCUCUUCUUCCAUAGCGUUAUUAAUCGUAAGAGCAACAAGAAUUACAUCCUCAAAUCAUAUCAUCUUGUUCUACGUGAUACGUUCUUGAUUCUUGAAAAAUAAGAACUCUUUUCUGCUGGUACAGUUUUUUGAAUAAAAUUACUGUUUCAAUAAAUAAUACGAACAUUUUCCUCCAAGAAAUAAAAUGUAAUUAACAUCUUAAGCGAUAUACAUUUAAGAUCUUUUUCAUUUUUGCUCAUUUUUAAAACUAAAUAUAUUAAAAUAAAUAUACACGCGCUAGCGUUUUGAUCGUAGAUAUGUAAAAAGGACGAAUUAAAUGUAUAUAGAUUCUUGUAAGUUAACAUAUGUGAAGGAUUUAAACAUGGAAUAAACUUACGUUAGAUGUAACGUA